CGGCGCGGCGGGGACGGCGGGCGACUCGGGCGGCGGCCGUGGCGGCAGCGGUCGCCCCGCCGUGGGAGGCUAUGGGGGCGCGCGCUUCCUCUGGGUGCCCAGCCAGCGGCCCGGAGCGCCCUGACCCGUUGCUGUAGGGAGCGGCCGCGGAGCAGUCACUCGCUAAAGCCCCCCGGGAGCCACUCGUCUCGGCCCCUGGCUCGCCGUGCCUCUCCCGGACUCCCGGGGCGUGGAAGAGGAACCGUACUCCCGAGCGCGGCGCGGAGCAUGGGGAGAGCGGCUGCCGCAGGAGGAGGCGCUGGAGCGGCGCGCCGGUGGCUCCCUUGGCUGGGGCUCUGCUUCUGGGCGGCGGGGGCUGCGGCUGCCCGAGGAACCGACAAUGGCGAAGCUCUCCCUGAAUCCAUCCCAUCAGCUCCUGGGACACUGCCUCAUUUCAUAGAGGAGCCAGAUGAUGCUUAUAUCGUCAAGAGCAACCCCAUUGCACUGAGGUGCAAAGCAAGGCCAGCCAUGCAGAUAUUCUUCAAAUGCAAUGGCGAGUGGGUCCAUCAAAAUGAGCAUGUCUCUGAGGAGAGUCUGGACGAGAGUUCAGGCUUGAAGGUCCGGGAGGUGUUUAUCAACGUCACCAGGCAGCAGGUGGAGGACUUCCACGGGCCAGAGGACUAUUGGUGCCAGUGUGUGGCGUGGAGCCACUUGGGGACCUCCAAGAGCAGGAAGGCCUCCGUGCGCAUAGCCUAUUUACGGAAAAACUUUGAACAAGAUCCACAGGGAAGGGAGGUUCCCAUUGAAGGCAUGAUCGUGCUGCAUUGCCGCCCGCCGGAGGGAGUCCCUGCUGCCGAGGUGGAAUGGCUGAAAAAUGAGGAGCCUAUUGACUCUGAACAAGAUGAGAACAUUGACACCAGGGCUGACCACAACCUCAUUAUCAGGCAGGCCCGACUUUCAGACUCAGGGAAUUAUACCUGCAUGGCAGCCAACAUCGUGGCCAAGAGGAGGAGCCUGUCAGCCACAGUGGUGGUUUAUGUGAAUGGAGGCUGGUCUUCCUGGACAGAGUGGUCAGCCUGCAAUGUUCGCUGUGGUAGAGGAUGGCAGAAACGUUCCCGGACCUGCACCAACCCAGCUCCUCUCAAUGGUGGGGCCUUUUGUGAGGGCAUGUCAGUGCAGAAAAUAACCUGCACUUCUCUUUGUCCUGUGGACGGGAGCUGGGAAGUGUGGAGCGAGUGGUCAGUCUGUAGUCCGGAGUGUGAGCAUUUGCGGAUCCGGGAGUGCACGGCUCCGGCCCCAAGAAACGGGGGCAAGUUCUGUGAAGGUCUAAGCCAGGAAUCCGAGAACUGCACGGAUGGUCUCUGCAUUCUAGAUAAAAAACCUCUUCAUGAAAUAAAACCCCAAAGCAUUGAGAAUGCCAGCGACAUUGCUUUGUACUCGGGCUUGGGCGCCGCAGUCGUGGCUGUUGCAGUCCUGGUCAUUGGCGUCACCCUUUAUAGACGGAGCCAGAGUGACUAUGGCGUGGACGUCAUUGACUCUUCUGCAUUGACAGGUGGCUUCCAGACCUUCAACUUCAAAACAGUCCGUCAAGGUAACUCCCUGCUCCUGAAUUCCUCCAUGCAACCAGACCUAGCAGUGAGCCGAACAUACAGUGGGCCCAUCUGUCUGCAGGACCCUCUGGACAAGGAACUCAUGACGGAGUCCUCACUCUUUAACCCUUUGUCGGACAUCAAAGUCAAAGUUCAGAGCUCCUUCAUGGUUUCGCUGGGAGUGUCUGAGAGAGCCGAGUACCAUGGCAAGAAUCAUUCUGGGACUUUUCCCCAUGGAAACAAUCGCAGCUUUACUACAAUGCACCCCAGAAAUAAAACACCCUAUAUCCAAAAUCUGUCAUCACUGCCCUCGAGGACAGAACUGAGGACCACUGGUGUCUUUGGCCAUUUGGGAGGACGCUUAGUAAUGCCUAAUACAGGGGUGAGUUUACUCAUACCACAUGGCGCCAUCCCAGAGGAGAAUUCCUGGGAGAUUUAUAUGUCCAUCAACCAAGGUGAACCCAGCCUCCAGUCUGAUGGAUCUGAGGUGCUCCUGAGUCCUGAAGUCACCUGUGGUCCCCCAGACAUAAUUGUCACCACCCCCUUUGCACUGACCAUACCACACUGUGCAGACGUCAGUUCUGAGCACUGGAAUAUCCAUUUAAAGAAGAGGACACAACAGGGCAAGUGGGAGGAAGUCAUGUCAGUGGAGGAUGAAUCCACAUCCUGUUACUGCCUUUUGGACCCCUUUGCCUGCCAUGUGCUGCUAGAUAGCUUUGGGACAUAUGCCCUCACUGGAGAACCAAUCACAGACUGUGCCGUGAAGCAACUCAAGGUGGCGGUUUUUGGCUGCAUGUCCUGUAACUCUCUGGAUUACCAUUUGAGAGUCUACUGUGUGGACAAUACCCCUUGUGCAUUUCAGGAAGUGGUUUCAGAUGAGAGGCAUCACGGUGGACAGCUCCUGGAAGAACCCAAGUUGCUGCAUUUCAAAGGGAAUACCUUUAGUCUUCAGAUCUCUGUCCUUGAUAUCCCCCCAUUCCUCUGGAGAAUUAAACCAUUCACUGCAUGCCAGGAAGUCCCGUUCUCCCGUGUGUGGUGCAGUAACCGGCAGCCCCUGCACUGUGCCUUCUCCCUGGAGCGCUACACGCCCACCACCACCCAGCUGUCCUGCAAAAUCUGCAUCCGGCAGCUCAAAGGCCAUGAACAGAUCCUCCAAGUGCAGACAUCAAUCCUAGAGAGUGAAAGAGAAACCAUCACUUUCUUUGCACAAGAGGACAGCACUUUCCCUGCACAGACUGGCCCCAAAGCCUUCAAAAUUCCCUACUCCAUCAGACAGCGAAUUUGUGCUACAUUUGAUACCCCCAAUGCCAAAGGCAAGGACUGGCAGAUGUUAGCACAGAAAAACAGCAUCAACAGGAAUUUAUCUUAUUUUGCUACACAAAGUAGCCCCUCUGCUGUCAUUUUGAACCUGUGGGAAGCUCGUCAUCAGCACGAUGGUGACCUUGACUCCCUGGCCUGUGCCCUUGAAGAGAUUGGGAGGACACACACGAAACUCUCAAACAUUACAGAAUCCCAGCUCGAUGAAGCCGACUUCAACUACAGCAGGCAAAAUGGACUCUAGUCCACUUCCUCUCAUGAGACAGAGCGACGGCCAGCUUCGGGACAUUUGCUUUAAAUGGGAAAGAAAGAGGCAGCUUUCUGCCCAGUGCCAUUUGGAGAGUUCAGCCUUCAUUUACAAUCAGUGAGAAUCCCUGGUUGAAAAAUUGAAUUUUAUAUAGGUAAAAUACGUUAAUAGGGAAAAGCAGAAGCUCUCUUAAAUGUAAGAGGGCUCUACUGUCUCCUCUGAAUCCACACUUGGGUUAACACUUGAUGAACUUCUCAUAUUUGGAGUGGCAAGGAUAAAAGAGAGGGCAUAUCUAGAGAAAAGUCACUGAGGGAAAAGAUGAGCUACAAUAAAGCUGGGAGGGCCGAGAUUGAAUAAGUGCAUGUUUUGUAACAGGUUUUUAAUGAUGUGCCCCAAAGGGCCAGCUGAUUCUGGUAUCAGAUUGUCAGAGUCUUCUACCGACUGGCAUCUGUGAUGUCAGCGAUCAUUGUAAAACUGGCUUUUAGAAGUAAAACAGGGUUGCUAACCCAUUUGACUUCAACAACGUCAAGGAGGGCAUUUAGAAUUUAGAAUCUGACUACAUCACACCAGCACCAAUUCCCUAUUUAUUCUAGCCACUUAAUGGAAAUAAGAUUGAGAGGUUAGAUAGACCACAAACUGGUUCUUGCAGUGUACCCCACCAUCAUUUUCUCCAAGGACAAAUCUACCCCCAUUCUUCUCCUUCUUUACCCAUUACAGUAGAGGAGAGGUUUCAAGGAGCAUAAUUAGACUUUUCAAUAUGAAAAUUUACUUCUUCUAGCUCAACAAACCAGGACCAUCUCUAUUCCCAGCUAAGCCACUCAAAAUACAGAGUGCUAUUAGAACACAGCUUUAUUACACGGAUUUGGAGACAAAAGUGGUCAAAUCAGAUCCAAGGAAACAAAGGAACUGCAGAUGCCACAGGCCUCAAAUAAGCUGUAAUUCUAGGAUGCAGGUGUUGAUCUGGUUCCCCAACCUUGUUAUAAGGGGAUGUGGGGUUUCACUGUACUUUUCAAUCCAGGUUCUUGAAAUUUUCUAGCCUUUUGGUAUUAUGUUAUCACAAAAUCUUUCCGUAGGGCUAUAGGUCUUCCUCCUUUUGCCUCUUGGGAAAUUACCAGAUAGUCUUUGCUCUAAAUGAUAUCUGAGUCAAUAGACCUGAGGAAUACCUCUACCACAGUGUUCCAGAAACCACACGCAUUGUUCAGGGAGCCUUCAAGCUCUGAUAAGUCAACUUCACCAAGUAUGCUUUCUCUACAGGACCAUUAACAUAUUACUUUAUGUUUUAAAUAAAAGACAAUGACAUUGUGGAGAAAUGAAAUCCACAGAUAAUUCAUGACCCCUGUCUUAACACUUUAUUCCAUGUUUUAUCCUAUUAAAUCAUUUCUGACAAGCUGUCCUAGUAGACUAAAGACGAACAGCUCUGCUCCUGCUCGUCUUCUGGUGGAUGUUUUAAUUAGCUGUCCAUAAUCAGGACAACUGAAGUCAAGGACCUAGAUUAACCACAAGGCUUAUCAAUUACUUAGGGGUUGGCUGUUUUAGAAUAAAAUAAAAAUAGAGACUGGGGGAGGUGGGGAGUACUUGGCAGUGGGUAUAUGGUCAAUUUUUUUAAGCAAUGUUUUUGUAGAUCCCAUGUAAAAAAACAAAAAAAUGUUGUGAAUCUACACCUAAGUGAAAAAGACCUAAAGAUAGGUUGAAUUAUGAUACCAUGGGUAAGGCAUUGAAGAACUCUUGAAUGUGUUGGCCAUUUUCUCUAACGAAUGUAUGGUAUAUAUGGUCCCCUGUAUUUGAUAAAAGGCUGUGCUACAUGAAAUUCAAAAGCAUCUUGCUUUUCUCAGGAACCAAAGGCAUAUUAUCUAGAACAAACAAAUCCCCUUAGAACUGUCAAGCAUAUUUUCACAAUACCAUAUCUAGAUCAGGAAAACAUCCUUUUGCUAGUUUGAUCAACUUGUUUACUUCUUGGAGGGAGCAAGAGAGAGAAAGCAUGAAAGUGUAAAUCAUUUGACAUCCCUGAUACAAUUUCUGAAAGAGAAAGAAGUGGAAGUGGAUGGUCAGUCACCCAAAAUAAACUCGAGAGUUGAUUGGCAUGGGUGAUAUGCAGAAAGAAUCUGCAUUAACUGUUGAAUAGUAACUUGUAGAAAACACAGUAUAGAGCUUAUGUUCCUAUCCAUCUUGGACGAUUUUUAUUUUAAAUCAUCCUACCCAUUUUUACUCUUCUCUUCUCAUUGGCCUUAUAAUUAUUUCAUCUUUCUAUGAAUCCACACAGAUCCUUUUUAGAUUUUUGAUACAUUUUUAUAUUCUAAAACAGAUGAAAAAUUUUAAUGUUUUCCCUAGAAUCUAUGUAGAUGCUUAUUUUAAGAUAAUAAGAGAUUAUUAUCAAUCCCUGAAUGUCUAGACUUUCCUCCCAUGGAUUUUUUUUUUUUUUUUUUUGGCCUGGGUUUUAUAAAUGCACUUGAUCAUCAUAUCAUAUUGAGUGACAGAGGAAGCAAAUUAACACGAUUCAUCUCUGAUUUCAGCCCAAAGUUCAAAUCUAUCUUUCAGUCCAUUUUGCUCCUCUUUACAU